UGCGCGCACUCGGACCUUUUCUUGUCCUAAACUAAUCCUUUUCUCAUUAGUUCUGAUCGGUCUGUCUGUCGGCAGACUGCAGCCAUGCGAGUCCCUGUUUAACCCAGACUGACCGUCACCAGCAGAAGGAAGAUGGACAGAGGAGAUAAAGUAAUACCGUCGCAUCCCUGACAUAGGUGUUGGUGAGAUCACACGAUCAUCACGAUGGCUCUCACCAGCACCACUAUAACAUCAUGGAAGCUGCAGGAGAUCGUGGCUCACUCCAGCAAUGUGUCUUCACUGGUGUUGGGGAAAUCGUCUGGUCGUUUGCUGGCCACUGGCGGCGAGGACUGCAGAGUCAAUAUCUGGGCUGUCAGCAAACCAAACUGCAUUAUGAGUCUGACAGGCCACACCAGCCCUGUGGAGUGUAUCCAGUUCAACAGUUCUGAAGAGCGUGUGGUGGCCGGUUCUCAGUCCGGCUCUCUCCGGCUUUGGGAUUUGGAGGCUGCUAAAAUUCUGCGCACUUUGAUGGGGCACAAAGCCAGUAUCUGCAGUCUGGACUUCCACCCCAUGGGAGAAUACCUGGCGUCUGGCUCUGUGGAUAGCAAUAUUAAGUUGUGGGAUGUGAGAAGGAAAGGAUGUGUAUUCAGAUAUAAGGGUCACACUCAGGCUGUGCGCUGUCUAGCCUUCAGUCCUGAUGGGAAAUGGCUUGCUUCAGCCAGUGAUGACAGCACAGUAAAGCUGUGGGAUCUGAUAGCAGGCAAGAUGAUCACUGAAUUCCCUCUCCCUCUCGUCCUGUGGUUAUACUGUACAUCAGUGACCUCUCCCUCUCGUCCUGUGGUUACGGCCACCAAAUCUAAACCUUCUACAGGAAUCAUCCUCUCGACACGUAACGAGCCAAUUGGCCUCACUGCAGGGGACUUCCUUUCUCAUGCACGGAACGCCAAAGCCGGUGUGAUGGGAGAUGAUGAGGCAUUAGCACAGAUCCGGAAAGGCCAUGACACCAUGUGCGUAAUGCUGACCAGUCGAUAUAAAAACCUGGACACAGUACGCUCCGUCUGGGCCAGUGGAGAUGUCAAGACUUCGCUGGAUUCAGCUGUAUCUAUGAAUGAUCUUUCUAUUGUGGUGGACAUCCUUAACAUAAUCAACCUCAAACCAUCACUGUGGAAAUUGGACCUCUGCACAUCCAUCUUGCCACAGAUUGAGGAAUUGCUGCAGAGCAAAUAUGAAAGUUAUGUACAGACUGGUUGUAUGGCUUUAAAACUGAUUCUGAAGCGUUUCUGGCCAUUAAUCUCGGACACGUUGACUGCUCCUCCAUCAGUAGGAGUGGACAUUACUCGAGAGGAGAGGCAUCAGAAAUGUAAAGCAUGCUAUAAGCAGCUGAAGAACCUCAGUAAUGUAGUGAAGAACCGGGCAGAGCAGGUUGGUCGUCAUGGCAGCACUUUCAAAGAGCUACAACUACUUAUGGCCCCAUUGGACUACUGAGACACACACACACACACACACACUCCUCAAUCUCCAAACGCGAAGCUCAGUCAAAAGAGUCCAUAAUGAGGCAAAGUACUGAGCUUCAUGACUGAACCUGAGUGGACUUUUCACUUGGCACUUAAAUAAAUGUGUGCUCACACAAGCACACUUUGGAGUGAAGUAUUUAUGUAGGCUUCAGGUGGUUAUUUUCCUAGUGAAUACAUUUGGAUUUCUUUGUUUUCAUUUCUUUGAAAUGCACUACUUGUUUUUUGUAAACACUUGUCAACAAUAAAGGAGAACUUUCAUAUGAAAGAAAUUCCCAAAAAUA